AAAUGAAAUAUCCUCCGUGGUGGGGGUAUGGAUAUUUUCUGGAACUACACAAUUCUAUAUUUUCAGAUGUGGAUCAUCAACCAUUGAAUGAAUUGUUAUCACUGGUGAAACAUUGUGCAUCACAAGAUGAAGAAAUCCUUAAACAAAUAGAUGCAAUAAAACAAGGACAAGAAGAGCUCAAGCAAGGUCAGUCAGAUCUACAACAAGGACAGCAAGAGAUCAAGCAAGGUCAGUCAGGUCUACAGCAAGUACAAGAGAUACUCAAAGCAAUCAAAUGGCAAGAUAAGGAAUCAAUAUCAAAGUCAUGCGAAGAUGUCUUGUCUUAUUUUAAAACACUGGAAACAUUAACAAAAGUGCAAACAGAAUUCCAACCCAAACUGUUGGCCAGUCCUGAUGUGCCAAGCACCAGAACAGAUGACAUAUUCACCAAUCUCAUGAUCCAACGUGAACGGAAACGCUUGAAGAAUUUUGAAAGUUUCUCUAGAUGGGAACAACUGCAAGAGUACAACAAAUCAAGUGCUAAAAACCACAUUGAUAAAUGUCACUCAAGACGUAUUCAUCAACCCAGAUCAUGAUGAAUUUGAAAUAAUAUGAAAUAAUAAUAAUAAUAAUAAAUAUAUAAUAAUAAUAAUUAUAAUAAUGGUAACUGUUUUUAUUUUAAUCCAUAAAACCUCAGUAUUUUUAUGAUUGCUAAUAGAAAUCAUGAAAGAUAGUUCUUUAUCUAGUGAUUUGUAAUUGUAUCAGACUAAAGGAUCCAUGUGCCCUGUUAUUGUGACUUCACAUGUUUGAAACUCUACUGUUUCAUCCCCAUCCUAUUAAAAGAGACAUGAUGGUUGGUUAAUGCAACAGACUUUGGGUUUACAGCAUGGGUUUGAUUCCCAGACCUGGCGAUCAUGUCUCAGUGUAUAAAAUAAUUAUAAUUAUGUAUAUUGUAGUUAUAUUGACUGAGUUUGAUUGGGCCAUGCAAUUAAUUACACCAAAAUAUUUUGCCCAAGGUCAUGCUGUGAGAACCAAGCACAAUUGUUUUCCCAUAUGGUCUGUCCAAACUUGGUCAGAAAAGCACUUUAUUAAUUAAUCCAAUGUUAUAUGGAAGUAAAUUGACAAAAGCACCAUUGAGGUAGCAAAAAAAAAAAAAAAUAAAUAAAUAAAUAAAAUAAUAAUUAUGAUUAAAUAAAAAAUUCAUGACCCAAUUACAGCAUUUCUUUAAAUGAUUUUUUUUCCAGGGAAAAAUGUUUGAACUCAAAAAAUUUGUAUUGCUGUAUUCCAUUCAAGCUUAGCUAAAGAUUGAAUUUAAGGACAUCAUACAGUAAUUAUAAUAAUUAUCAUAUUAUUAGUUACUGUACAUGUAUAUCAUAAUUUUCCAAUAAACGUUUUCAUUUAAUGA